AAUGUAAUAUUAUAUUGUUCAAUGUUCGAAUUUUAAUUUAACGUUCUUCAAGUUUUAUUAAGUUUAAAUUAAAAUGGCAUUUAUUGUUAAUGCUCUUUUAAGAUUCCGAGUUCUGGGAAAAUUGACAACACCGAUGAACGAAUCAUGUUUAGGAGUACUUCCUCAAAAUCAACAAAUUCGCAACAAAUGGCCUGAUUAUAGAAUGAAAAAAGAUGCACGUAAAAGAGAUACCCUUAGAGAUUAUGGUGUAUACAAGUUACGCUAUAAUGCACUUCGUAAAAAUGAUAUCAUUCCUUUGGAAAUUCAACAAAUUGCCGACAAAGAAAUCUACAACUGUCCAAGGGAUGCUAGUAUAACCAGAAUUGUUCAACGGUGUCAGAUAACAUCUCGUCCUCGAGGUAAUGUCAAAAGAUGGCGUUUAAGUAGAAUAGUGUUCAGACAUUUAGCUGAUUACAACAAAUUGGCUGGAGUUCAAAGAGCAAUGUGGUAAAAUAAAAAAAAAUUACCAGAACUUACAAAGGAAAUUUUUG